AUGAAUGUAUAUUAGAGUAAGACUUAGCAAACUUAACAAUAUUCUUACAAUUACCAGUACUCUGCUCAAUAAUAGCCCUAGAAUCAGUACCCAAAAGAGAUUUAUAACCGCUCAUAGUAACCUUUUGCAAUCCCUAAUACUAAUACUCAGGCAAGCCCCUACGCCAAGUACUUGAAUUAAAUGCCUGGGAAUUCGAUAAAUUAUAGCAAAAAUCUUUAUGAAGAAUUUUCAAAUACUAAUAAUUCAUAACAAAUCACCACGCUAAAAUAAGCCACACAGCAGAAAAGCUAGACUGCCCUUCACACUGGAAACAUGAUGACUUACCAACAACCCUCCCAGAGAUUGAGAGAUAAUGACAUGGAGAUCCAACCACCUUAUCAAUAAUCGAAGACUAUGCAACCUAGAUAACCAUAAAAUAAAAAGCUAGAAAUAUCAGUGAGUAAUUACAGUCAAAAAGAUUUUCAGAAUGCUUAGAGAGAUCUUAAGAGUCUUAAACAAAAGCUAGAAUAGAAAAGGCUCGAAAGUGCUAAAGGACCUAGAAGCUAGAAUAGUGUAGUUAGUUAAAAGACUAUGUCAACUGAUACUCAUUCUCAAUAUCGCAGGCAGGGAUCUGAUAUUGUUGGAGAUAAGUUAACCUAAGACUAAAAAUACAAUAAUAAGACUUAGGUGAACUAAGACAGAAAUGCUGGAGAUAAAAGAAAUGAUAAUUAUCGUAAAGCAUUUAACCCAAAUGACUACAACUAUCAGGACUAGUAGUAAGACAACAAUGAGGAGGAUUAUAGGCCAUCAACUACUCAAUCAAAAACAUCUCGAUAACAUUUCAAAGAUCAGACAAAUAGUCCGGCUCGAAGUUAGAUUAAGGAAGAUAAACCAAAAGCCCCGCCCGCUUAUUUGACUUAAGAUACGUCUGCUCUCGAGGAGUGUCCUACUUGCAAUAGAAAGUUUAAUGAGAAAGCAUAUGAGAAGCAUGUAAAAAUUUGCUAAGAUGUUUUCGUCAAAAAGAGAAAGGCUUUUGACAUGAAAGAAAAAAGAAUAGUAUGUGAUGAUUAAGUAGAGCUGGUUAAAAAAUCAGAAAAAUAAGAAAAAUUGUAGAAUUAAAAGAAAUAAAACCCUAAAGCUAAAGCUUAAGAUUAGCCGAUAUCAGGUACAGGAGCUAAAAUGCCAAAAUGGAAGAUGAUGUCUCUCUAGUUCAGAUAAGCCAUCGGAUCAUCUAACCCUAGUGAUGAGUAUUCAUCAGCAAUUAACUCAGCAGCCGCAUAAACUUACGAGGACCCCUCUAUCAAGUAAUGCCCAGGCUGUUAAAGAAAAUUCAAUGAGACAGCAGCUGCUCGUCACAUUCCCAUCUGUACUAAUAAAGCCAAAGAAAAUGCAAUUAAAAAUAAAGGGAAACCAGCAAAUUAAGGUGCAUCAUCUGGGUCAGGGUUGAAUGGAACUGCUAGAGUUUCCUCAAACACUAUGAAAGGUUUUGGAUCAACGAAUAAUUUAAAUAGUAACACAAUUUCAGGUUCAGGAGCAUCAGGUCGUUUCGGAAAUAAAAAAGGGUACAAUUGA